AUGGAGCAUGAUGAGAAACCUCUUCCAAUCGACAUUCGUCUCCUUGGUGCUCUUGCAGAGAAGUGUCGAGCAUUUGCAAAAGCUUUGCAUUACAAAGAGAUGGAAUUUGAGGGUGCUUGCUCUAGGAGGAUGGAUGCAAACCCUGUUUCUGUCGUCGAAGCGCUCAUUCAUAUUAAUAAUCAACUACAUCAACAUGAGGCUGCUGUAGGUAUAUUAACCUAUGCCCAACAACAUUUGGAUGUUCAACUGAAGGAGUCAUGGUAUGAGAAGUUGCAGCGAUGGGACGAUGCUCUCAAGGCAUACACUGCCAAAGCCUCUCAAGCAUCCAGUCCACAUGUUGCUUUGGAUGCUACACUUGGGCGGAUGCGAUGCCUCGCUGCAUUGGCUCGUUGGGAGGAGCUUAACAAUCUUUGCAAGGAGUAUUGGACACCAGCGGAACCAGCUGCUCGUCUGGAAAUGGCACCCAUGGCUGCUAAUGCUGCUUGGAACAUGGGUGAGUGGGACCAGAUGGCCGAAUACGUUUCUCGAUUGGAUGAUGGUGAUGAAACUAAACUUCGGCUUUUGGGAAAUACUGCUGCUACUGGGGAUGGUAGUAGUAAUGGUGCAUUCUUUAGGGCUGUUCUAUUAGUUCGUCGGGGAAAGUAUGAUGAAGCCCGUGAGUAUGUCGAGAGAGCAAGGAAAUGUCUGGCAACCGAGCUUGCUGCUUUGGUUCUAGAGAGCUAUGAACGAGCAUACAGCAACAUGGUACGCGUUCAGCAGCUGUCAGAAUUAGAGGAGGUCAUUGAUUACUGCACUCUUCCUUUGGGAAACCCUGUUGCUGAAGGGCGGCGAACCCUUAUUCGUAACAUGUGGAAUGAACGUAUAAAAGGUGCAAAACGAAAUGUUGAGGUUUGGCAUGCACUCUUAGUGGUCAGAGCACUUGUGCUACCUCCUACAGAAGACACUGAAACAUGGCUCAAGUUUGUUUCACUUUGCCGUAAAAGUGGCAGGAUUAGUCAAGCUAGAUCUACUUUAGUUAAACUUCUGCAGUUUGACCCUGAAACAACUCCUGAAAAUGUGCGGUAUCAUGGACCUCCACAAGUAAUGCUAGCCUACUUAAAAUACCAAUGGUCACUUGGAGAGGACCAUAGACGCAAGGAAGCCUUCAGUAGAUUGCAGGAUCUAGCUAUAGAGCUCUCAAGCGCACCAAAUGUUCUGGCCGUUACACCAAGUGGCUUGGGUUCUUCCAAUGUGCCACUCAUUGCCCGUGUUUAUCUGAAACUCGGGACUUGGCAGUGGGCACUUUGUCCUGGAUUGGAUGAUGAUUCUAUACAAGAAAUCCAUAGCGCAUUCAGGAAUGCCACCCAUUGUGCGACAAAGUGGGCGACAGCGUGGCAUGCUUGGGCACUCUUCAAUACAGCAGUGAUGUCUCAUUAUACUUUGAGAGGAUUUCCUAGUAUUGCCGCGCCGUUCGUUGUAUCUGCAGUCGAUGGAUAUUUUCACUCCAUAGCUUGUGCAGCACAUGCUAAGGGUGUGGAUGAUAGUUUACAGGAUAUACUUCGUCUUCUCACUUUGUGGUUCAACCAUGGAACUUCCACAGAAGUACAAAUGGCACUACAGAAAGGAUUUGCACAUGUUAAUAUCAACACAUGGUUGGUUGUUUUGCCUCAAAUAAUUGCCAGGAUACAUUCAAAUAACCAAGCUGUUAGAGAACUUAUACAAUCACUUUUGGUGCGAAUUGGACAGAGUCAUCCUCAGGCUCUUAUGUAUCCCCUUCUUGUGGCGUGUAAAUCGAUAAGCAAUCUACGCAAAGCUGCAGCUCAAGAAGUUGUUGACAAAGUUCGGCAGCAUAGCGGUGUACUAGUGGAUCAGGCACAACUCGUGUCAAAGGAGUUGAUAAGGGUUGCAAUACUUUGGCAUGAAAUGUGGCAUGAGGCUUUGGAAGAAGCUAGUCGCUUAUAUUUUGGUGAACAUAACAUUGAGGCAAUGCUAAAGGUGCUGGAGCCAUUGCAUGAAAUGCUCGAGGAAGGGGCAAUGAAGAACAACACUACUAUCAAAGAGAAAGCUUUCAUUCAAGCAUAUCACCAUGAGUUAUUGGAGGCAUAUGAAUGCUGCAUGAAAUAUAAGAGAACUGGGAAAGAUGCUGAACUCACUCAGGGCUCCAUUUACACGACUAGGGAUUUUGCCUGUUCAAUUUUGCCUCUUUGUUGUCUUUAUCUUGGAGGUAAUGAGUUGAAGGUAUCUCUUGACCAGGCUUGGGAUCUCUAUUAUCAUGUUUUCAGACGGAUAGAUAAGCAGCUUCAAACUCUUACUACUCUGGACCUGCAGGCAAGAAGGAAGUAUAGCUUUAAGUUUGAAUUCACACUUGUGUCUUCUGUUUCCCCAGAAUUGUUGGAGUGCUGCAAUUUGGAGCUUGCUGUUCCUGGAACCUACCGAGCUGAGUCACCAGUGGUGACAAUUGCAUCAUUUGCACCCCAGCUCAUCGUCAUUACAUCCAAGCAGCGACCUCGGAAACUAACAAUUCGAGGAAGUGAUGGAGAAGAUCAUGCUUUCUUGCUGAAAGGACAUGAGGAUUUACGUCAAGAUGAGCGUGUCAUGCAGGCUUGGGAUCUCUAUUAUCAUGUUUUCAGACGGAUAGAUAAGCAGCUUCAAACUCUUACUACUCUGGACCUGCAGUCUGUUUCCCCAGAAUUGUUGGAGUGCUGCAAUUUGGAGCUUGCUGUUCCUGGAACCUACCGAGCUGAGUCACCAGUGGUGACAAUUGCAUCAUUUGCACCCCAGCUCAUCGUCAUUACAUCCAAGCAGCGACCUCGGAAACUAACAAUUCGAGGAAGUGAUGGAGAAGAUCAUGCUUUCUUGCUGAAAGGACAUGAGGAUUUACGUCAAGAUGAGCGUGUCAUGCAGCUUUUCGGCCUGGUGAAUACUCUCCUGAGGAAUUCUAGAAAAACUUCAGAAAAAGAUCUAUCUAUCCAACGAUAUUCUGUCAUUCCCUUAUCUCCAAACAGUGGGUUAAUAGGAUGGGUUCCAAAUUGUGACACCCUGCACCAUCUCAUUCGAGAGUACAGGGAUGCCAGAAAGAUCACCCUAAAUCAAGAGCAUAAAUUGAUGCUUAGUUUUGCUCCCGAUUAUGAUCAUGUGCCACUUAUAGCUAAAGUGGAGGUAUUUGAGUAUGCUCUGCAAAAUACUGAAGGAAAUGACUUGGCAAGGGUCCUUUGGUUAAAAAGUCGCACUUCCGAGGUCUGGUUGUACAGGAGAACAAAUUAUACUAGAAGUUUGGCUGUCAUGAGCAUGGUUGGUUACCUGCUUGGCUUGGGUGAUCGACACCCAAGUAACCUUAUGCUCAUUCGUUACAGUGGGAAGAUACUGCACAUUGAUUUUGGAGAUUGUUUUGAAGCUUCAAUGAACCGUGAGAAGUUCCCCGAAAAGGUUCCUUUCCGCCUGACUAGAAUGCUUCUUAAAGCUAUGGAAGUCAGUGGUAUUGAGGGCAACUUCCGCUCGACGUGUGAAAAUGUGAUGCAAGUUCUCCGCACAAAUAAAGAUAGUGUCAUGGCUAUGAUGGAGGCCUUUGUUCAUGAUCCUCUCAUAAAUUGGCGUCUUUUCAACUUCAAUGAAGUCCCUCAAAUGCCAAACUUUGCAAGCACUAAUGUCCCAUCUGUUGUGAAUGGUGAAGAAUCUGCUCCAAAUAGAGAGCUGCUUCAUCCGCAAAGGGGUGCUCGUGAAAGGGAAAUUCUCCAGGCUGUCAAUCAACUUGGUGAUGCCAAUGAGGUCUUGAACGAGCGUGCUGUUCAGGUUAUGGGUCGAAUGAGUCAUAAACUUACAGGGCGUGAUUUUUCUACUGGUUCUGCUGUAUCAAACAGUUCUAUCCAACAUGCACUUGACCACAGUACCUUAAUUUCUGGAGAUAUUCGUGAAGUUGAUCAUGGCUUAUCCGUUAAACUACAAGUUCAAAAGCUGAUUCUGCAAGCUACGUCACGUGAAAAUUUAUGCCAAAAUUAUGUCGGGUGGUGUCCCUUCUGGUAA